CAACUCGAACUCAGGGGCAUCUCCGUAAUCCACCCCGCAUAAAUAUCGAACCUUUCUCCUCCCUAAUCUCCCUAACCUAGUUCCCUCUCUCAACUUCUUCGGAGCUCUCGUCCUCUCCUCUCUCUCUCUCUCUCUCUCUCCUGCCGACACGACACAUGUCUGCAGCAGAGCACGUCCUCGAGCUCUUCGACUCCUUCUGGUUCCACUGCGCCGUCUUCAGCGGCAAACCGGCCUCACCGCCUCCCCCUCCUCCUUCCUCCUCCUCCGCAAUGAGGCCGCCCUCUCAUGAAGACCGCGGCGACGAGGACGACGACCGUCUCCUCCUCGAGACGAAGCUGUCCCGCGCGCCGACCCUCCGCGUCAGGUCCAUGAGCGACCAGUUCUUGGGCGGCCCCGGCCUCGACUCGGACCCUUUCUCUCCGAACUCGGUCCUCCUCGCCGCCACUCCGAAGCUCCAGACCAUCCUCUCCGGUAAGGAGGUUUCGGACUUCGAGGGCGAGCCCGCGACGACCAAGAGCGAAGAGGAAAUGGACGAGUCGCAAUCACAACCUGGGAGCAGCAAGAAAUCGGAGAACUCUAGGAGGAGGAAUAGGAAGAAGCGGAGCAAGAGCAGCAAGAGCCUGUCGGAGCUCGAGUUCGAGGAACUCAAGGGCUUCAUGGAUCUGGGGUUCGUGUUCUCCGAGCAGGACAGGGACGACUCGGACUUGGUCUCGAUCCUUCCCGGGCUGCAGAGACUGGGAUUGAAAGACGACGGCGACAGAAUCGAAGUCGAAGAGACAAAGAAGGCCGAUGAGACUAAGGUCCCGAGGCCCUACUUGUCCGAAGCGUGGCACGGUUUGGAUCGCCAGAGGAAGAGAUACGAGGAUCCGCUGGUGAACUGGAGAGUGCCGGCUUUAGGGAACGAGAUGGCCAUGAAGGAUCAUCUCAAGUUCUGGGCUCACGCUGUUGCGUCCACCGUGAGAUAGCAGUGGCUCAUCAUUCUCGUUCUUUUUCCAGUUUCUCCUUUGCCAAAAGUGAUGUCGCUAGCUUUACUUCUCUGGAAUUUUUUCUUUCUUUUCCUUUUUGCCUUUAUUUUGAACUACACAAUCUUCAUCUUCCUGUUGUCUUUGAGGGGGAAAAUCCUCUAAUCUGUAACUGUAAAUAAAAGGAAAGAGAAAUAAGCUCCCUUGGUUUAUUUA